GGCUGAAUCUGCUGAGGUCUGUGGCCAGGUCCAGAUUGAGGCUAGGUAGUUUUCCUGGUGAAGAAAAAGAGAGGUGCUGGGGUGGGGAGGCUGAAAGAGAGUGUGGAGGUCACUUGGUUCCUUCCUAUCUCCUGAUCCUGACAUUCAUCACAUACACACACUCUGUGCCAAGGGUGCUGGGGACCAAAGAAAGGGGUCACACUGGGGGAUGGUGGGCCGGGAGACAGAGCUGGGGAACUGGGGGAGGGGAGAGGCAGGCUGGGCCCUGAAGGUGUGGGCAGCGUUGUGUGGCCCAGUCAGGAUAGAAGGAUCUGGGCUGCAGAGACCCUCCCCCUCGGCAGCCCGGCCUGGUCUCCACCACAAUCCUACAGCCCCCUGGGCACUCCCACUGUGGGGCUCAGCUCUCCGAAGGCUUUUUCUCUCAGCUCUGUUCUUCCUCCGUCUGUUCCUGUCCUUGUCACUCUGAGACCGCCUCCGUGUAUGUGUAUGUGUCCGUGUAUGUGUCUCCCUGUUCCUGCCCUGUUUUGUCUCACCUCUCUCCUGAUCUCCAUCUCAAUCCUUGUUUCGAUCUCAAUCCUUGUUUCCAUCCCUGUCUCACCCCGGGGCCUUCUCCGUCUCUUCGCCUGCCUCACUCUCUUUCUCCAUUCCCUGCUCUGUCUCUCUCUUAUCCUUGUUUCCUCUGUCUCUGCCUUGUCCCCAUCUCCAUCCCUGUUUUUCUCUUGCACGCACUUCAGCUUUGUCUCCAUCUCUGUCCCUGUGGACCCACUUGCCCCUGUCUCCAAUCUCUCUCUCCUCCAUGUCUCGUCCUUGUCUUCAUCUGUGACCUGUAUCUCUCUUGUCUCUUUCUCCACCACUGUUUCUGUCCCUUUCUCUCCCUGUGUCCUCGCUUCAUCCGCGUCCCCAUCCCAGGCUCCGUUUCUUCCUUGUCCGUGUCUCCAUCCCCCUCCUGAACCGCCUCCGUGGUCCCCGGCGGGAUGGGACCUCGCUGGGGGCGGGGCCGAGGGGCUGGAUCAGAAUAACUCGGUUAUCAGGACGAAUUGAAUUAACUUCUUCACCGGAGCGCCGCCAGGCCUGUCUCCCCUCCCUUCUGCGGGGCCGCAGGUGGGGAGGCCGAGGGAAGCGGUUGGGACCCUCCAGCCUUGCCCUGUGCGCUUACAGAGCGAAGGUCUGGUCGGGAUUGGGGCGGGAUGGGGACUCUAGGCAUGGGGCCCAACACUGCCCCGCCCCGCACCUCGGGAGCCCAAGGAGGGUGGCGGGGACCCUUUGGAGUGGGGGUCUGGGGUAGCUGGGGGUGGGGCCUGGGCCGCCCAGGCCCCGCCCCGCAGAGCUUGCCCGCCCCGCCUCCUCCGCGGGGUCCUGAGCGUUAAAAGGCGCGCGGGCCCGGCCGGGCUGCACUUGCUUUGCACCCGGGCGAAGGGCGGCCGCGACGGGGCGGGCGGACUCGCAGGCGCUCAGAGCCGGCCUCGGGUCCUCGGCGCUAGGCGCUCGAACCCUCAUCCCGACCCCCAUCCGGCCGGGGACCCCGACCCCGACCCGACCCGGCCCGGCCCGGCCCCCGACCUCGACCCCCGGGCCGAUGGACUACUCCUACCUCAAUUCGUACGACUCGUGCGUGGCGGCCAUGGAGGCGUCCGCCUACGGCGACUUCGGCGCCUGCAGCCAGCCCGGCGGCUUCCAAUACAGCCCCCUGCGACCCGCCUUCCCCGCGGCUGGUCCGCCCUGCCCCGCGCUCGGCUCCUCCAACUGCGCGCUCGGCGCUCUACGCGACCACCAGCCCGCGCCUUACUCGGCAGUGCCCUACAAGUUCUUCCCGGAGCCGUCGGGCCUGCACGAGAAGCGCAAGCAGCGGCGCAUCCGCACCACGUUCACCAGCGCGCAGCUCAAGGAGCUGGAGCGCGUCUUCGCAGAGACUCACUACCCCGACAUUUACACGCGCGAGGAGCUGGCGCUCAAGAUCGACCUCACUGAGGCUCGCGUGCAGGUCUGGUUCCAGAACCGCCGGGCCAAGUUCCGCAAACAGGAGCGUGCGGCCAGCGCCAAGGGUGCGGCGGGCACGGCGGGCGCCAAAAAGGGCGAGGCGCGCUGUUCGUCCGAGGACGACGACUCCAAAGAGUCCACGUGCAGCCCCACGCCCGACAGCACCGCGUCGCUGCCGCCGCCGCCCGCCCCCGGCCUGGCCAGCCCGCGUCUGAGCCCCAGCCCGCUGCCUGCUGCCCUGGGCUCCGGGCCCGGCCCUGGCCCCGGGCCGCAGCCGCUCAAGGGUCCAUUGUGGGCCGGCGUGGCGGGCGGCGGGGGCGGGGGGCCGGGCGCAGGCGCGGCGGAGCUGCUUAAGGCCUGGCAGCCGACGGAACCCGGGCCCGGGCCCUUCUCCGGGGUUCUGUCCUCCUUCCACCGGAAGCCUGGCCCGGCCCUGAAGACCAAUCUCUUCUAGCCGCCGGACUCUGGAGGCUCCGGGCCUGCCCCGGAGAGAGCCCCUGCCCCUCCAGGACCUGACAGAGUCCCUCCCCAUUUGAGCGCCCGCCUGGAAGUGCCCGGCUGUCCCCACCCCCUACCGUGUCUGACCCCUAGGUGUGUGCCCUCCCCAGCUCUGGAGACCAAGUCAGGGCCUCUCCUCCUCACCUUCCCCACCCAGCAGAACAGGGUGUUUUUCACUGGGAUUCCCCCACCCCUACCCCUUCCAGCUUGGCUUUCUUUGGAAACGGGAUCAAAUAACUGUGCUGGAACCCGAGGGUCCUCAAGUAGAGUAACAGCCUGGCUCCCUCCCCUGGUUCUGCAGCCUGCUGGGUCAUUUCUCACCUUAGCGACCAGCCUGCUGCCCCAGCCCUCUGGUCCACCCGCACUGAUCGGGUCCACCCGCACUGGUCGUGGUUGGGAUAAUAAGCUGCCAGAAGGGUCCCACUGCCAAUUCAUCCCCUCCCAUUCCCAACCGGUCUGGUGCAGAGGUAGGCCUGUUUAGAGCAGGGGGGCUGGCUGCCGGACAUCGGGACAGAGGGGUUUCCUCCCCCACCCCCUUUUUUGGGUUGUUGUUGUUCUUUUCCUUUGAAAAACUUGUAAUUUAUUGAGGUGAGUUUGGCUCAAUCCAAAUAAAACUUAAUUUAUUGAAGACAUCA